CGGGGCGAUAAUCACCCCACAGGCCCGCUGCAAUGUCCUGAGGAAGAAACAAAGAGAUGACGUAUAAAGCAGAUACGCCUCUAAUUUCGAACAUGUUAUCUAGUCUUUGUUACAAGCAUUUGCGCGGUUCUUCGUCGUAGAUUCCUCGUCAAUUGGCAGUUUUGACUAGGACGGAAAGGGCUCGUGCAUUGUCGCUACUCCAUAGGGAGUCACCAGGCAGGAAUGAACAUAUUCUCUGCUUUCCGCUCCGUGAUAGCCGUCCUGAGGGGUAGACGACCAUUCGAAGGCCAGGAGUCAAUGGAGGCCGACAUCCUCGAAGCGAUCCCGCUCGCCAUCUCCUACCCCCCGGAAGGCCGAGUCAACUUUCCAGCGAGCCGCGGCAACACCAACACCAACACCAACAACAACCGUCCCUUUGAUCCUGCCGCAGGGCCAACAACAUCCCUUCCUGAUCAAGCCCAAGCCGCUGAGCCUCACCCUCAGGGUAAUCAGGCGCAGGAAAUUCAGCCUGAAGCCGGCAGCAGCGCCGGUCAUUCUCGCUGGCGGCCAGUAGUAUGGCCGGUUUGCGCGGGACCAAGCACGAAGCCGACGGUGAUUACGUUCCGAAACGCGACCGACACGGCCGUGCAGCCGUACUGGGUCGACUACGACGGGAAGGAGGUCCCGUACGAGUGCCUGCAGCCGGGCCGUGUGUACAGGCAGCGGUCCUUCGUGCAGCACCCGUGGGUGUUUCGCGACAAGGCGACGCACGAGCCGUUCGUCGUCGGCAAGAGAGUGUUGGUUUUUCCCCAGGACGCGUCACGGAGCGAGAUGGUCAUCAAGCGUCCGGAGCUGCUUCCAUGGUCAACGGAAUCGCACCAUCGCUUUCCGAAAGAGUCCAAGGAUUGCGUGGCUGCGUUGCUGCUCUGCUGCAACAGACUAACGAGGCAACAGCGGCCGCAGAACCUGCCUGUUCGGCGCAGAGGGCAGGAUACUACUCCCUUGGGCGGCCUCCUAGCGGGAUUGCCGCUAGACGUGCUGCUGGUGAUUAUAGCGAGGGCAGCGCCAGUUCAGCCAGACAUCGAGGGGGUGUGCUGUGGAGGCUAGUACCGUAAUCCCCCGUAUAUAACACCCUAUGGUGUAUAUAAAAAUUCACUAAAAAAACGACUAGGUGUUAACAGUGGCCCGGAAAAAUAGUGCCCAUGUGUUAUGUAAAAUGCAAUUUGAAUUUCAGUGUGU